UUUUAAUUGAUGAUUGGACGCUGAUAAAAUUACUCGAUUUUUAAUCCGUGUUGAGACAGCAUUUUUAACCGAUUCACGUUUUAUGUUUGAUAUUAAGUUUGUGUUUGACUUCAGUUUACUCAAGAGUGAUAAAAUUUGACAAAUCUAUCAAUGUCAUGAUGGUUUCUGAAAGCACAUCAGAAAAGAGCAACUUACAGCUCACUUCCAAAACUGACCCUGUUACUAAAAUCGGCAGUUUGACGUCGGAUCCUUUUGCGCAAUUUGUGCGACAACCGAAAGUCAAACCACUAAACGGUCUCUCGAUCAAAUCCAAAAGUCGCGAGCUGCUCAGUUUAAGUCCAACCAUCAACGGACAUAAAACCAAAGCAGACACAAAACAUGACCAUGAAAAGCUUAGUAAUUCAGGAACUUCGACCCCCACCCCAACCGAAACCGGGUGCGAUACGGUAAAAAAUUCACCGACUAGCAAGGAUUCUGAUUUUUUCAAAAACAUGGAUCGCGAUCUGGCUGCGAUGGAGCGCAGGCUUGAAAGUUCUUGGACCAGAAAAACGCUCCGAUCACAAAAAGAAUCCAGCAACGGAAAACUAAAAGGCUACGAAAGCAUACAUCAGCUUGAACGAAAAAAGUGGAAUGCUUCUUUAAACAGUGGAGAUAUCAAGAAAGAGCUGAAGACAAACAAAAAUGUUGGAUCUGGCAGCCAAAAAUUGAGCCAAUCUCACUCUAAAAGUCAAUCCGAUUUACUGGGAAAGCUCCAAAGAAGCCAUUCCUUUGGAGUAUGGAGUAGUAUUCGGGAACCUUCUGUUACAGAUAUUAGAAAGCCUACCAUCAUUAUAACGAGAGAAAUAGACGAAGCUGACAAACCAAUAAAAAGAUUAGUUGAGUUAUCGAAACCAAACCAUGCUAAGUCUAGCAGCCACUUGGAUCGAAAAUAUUCGGAGAGGUUGGAUAAAUCUAAAAAUCCCAUCAAAGAAAUGGAAAUGCUUCGUAAGCCGCCAGAGAAUGACACUAUUCUGAGCAGACCUUUGAGAGAGCGUCAUCAAUCUUUACCUGAUUUUGUUCAAAAUUUCGCGGCGAACUCAAACCAAGAAAAACUGUCGCCCAGACAUAAAGGUAAAUCAGAGCUAUCAAGUAACUUGAGUGUUUCUAAAAGACCAGUUGAAGAUUUGAUUCAGGCAUUACGCGAAGAUGUGGAAAAGUUGAACCGGCAUCGAGAAAAACAGAAAGAGCAUGAAUCUGAUCUUACUUGUGUGAGCAAAUGGGGUAAAAAGAAACCAGGAGCUGUCAUCACCCGAAGCAGAAGCUUUGGGACUAUUGAGCACGAGUAUUUAAACAGCAAAGGAGAAACUCCUCCGAGACUGUUGCCUAGAAGUAGUAGCAAAGAAGCCAUUCACAGGCUCGCAAAGCUACAUAGGGCGGGCUCAACCCAAAGUGAAAAAAGACUUCUCGACUUCAGUUUUCAGUCUGAAAAUGACGUGUUUAGAAACAGUUCAGAUAAUGGGAGUGAAGAAAAUCAUAAAAUCAACAAAAGCUUCAUCAAAAGACCUCCUCUUCCUAAAGGAUACAACCCAACAUCAUCAUAUAGGUCUCGAAACUUGUCUGAACCUUCAUUAAACCAAGGACUCGGAAUACUUUCAGCUUCAUUAAAAGAUGCUUUAAAUGAGUUUGAAGGUAAUGUGAGCCCGAAAACAAAAACUGCGACUCUUGGUAGCCGACAUCAAGAUUCAGACCUUGAAGUCGAGUACCGAAGUUCACCUCAUUCGUCGCUGUCGGGAAUCAGUUCAACUUCACUGCUCACGAGUCCUAACAGUAACUUCAGUGCUCAUUCUUCCUCCCACAGAUCCUCAAAUCAUCAGGUGAAUUCGAAUAAUUUUCACAGUUCAAGAGGGGAGCGGGAUUUAUUAGAAUCUAGAAUCCAUUCUUUUUAUGACGGGAGUCCUCAAUCAAUGGAUUGGCUUACAAAUAAAUUCGAUUUUCUGCAGACUAAUAUUCCAAAUGCUUUGCGGAGACAGAAAGACCCUGCGUAUAAAUCUGGUAAAACUGGUACAAAAUUAAAAUCAAAUUCAGACGGCUUUGAACCUUCAAGAUCUUUGUUACAUUCCAAUAACAAAUACGCGGCGAGUGAUAUUAAUUCCAAAAGUAGCGGUUUUGCUGGUCAACGUCAAACGUCCGAGACCAACUGGAAGUUCCAGAAAAUGGAGCCAAAAAUUAUGCCGCGGAAGCCGGAAGCGAAGCGGAACAAUGGCGCUAACUUCAAAUCUUUCGAGCAGACCAAAAAUCCAUCCCAAAACCAUAAUGGGUCGUUUGUUUUCGAAUUUGAACCUUCACAAGUUUUCAUGGAAGGACUGCAAGAAACGGACAUUCUAGGAAGCUCAAUGGAAAAUGUGCGGUCUGUGGCUGGUGACGAUAAGAGUGUGAAGUCCGGAAACAUGAGAACAAACUACCUGGCAGAUCAACUGAGAGGUGAUGACAUUAAGCAGCCUUUCUUGUCCCUAGCUGAUGACGUCAUAUUUGACCCGGAAAGCCACUCGCAGUAUGUGGAGACCCUGAAGAAUCUGGCUCCCAUCUGGCUCACAAAUCCAGGAGCACACCCAAAAUCAAAAACUAAGGGCACACGACAGAGAAGCCUGUCUACGAGUGCAGCAGUGAACAACAUUCUGGACAAGGAGGAGCUGUGGAGAGAGACCAUCUUCAACAACCAGAGUGGAUCUUUCAUUCUGCCGCUCCAGUCCCCUGUACUAUCGCGACCCUCAACUUCCCAGCAGCAACAACAGUCAAGAACGACCUCUAACUCACCGGUGGUGGAUCGUAAAGAACAAAGGCUAAACAGUCGACCCUCAGGGGGACUAAGAAACACUCUCAAGGACCUGUCACCCUUGAGCCAGCCGAACGACCAGUUCCACUCCACCAGAAACUACUACACUUCCAGUUUCGAACCCAGCAGAACUUCUCAAUUGUCCUCCGGUAUUCUGACACCGGCGGAGACGCUGCUUCCGUCGUCUAAACUCGAAAGAACAUCAUCUUUGAAAUUGAACCUGAACAGAUCACUAUCUCUCAAACCCACCGCCUCAUCCACCCCUCCCCCCAUCGCCCCCAAGCCCAAAUCACCCACUAGUCUCCACUGGAACAAGAAGGUCCCUCCCGACGAUGACGUGAUGAUGAAAUUGGCCAAUAGGAACAAGAGUAAGCCCUCGCGUGAGGUCACAGAGGACGCCCACCAACAGCUAGAUAUGGGCAACGCUCUGGCGGAGUUGGAUGCGGCUGUCAAUAGUCUGCAAGACUUGGCUCUCGGGCCUCCGCCAAGCAUGAAGUCCUUCGGCAAGAGUCAGGAGCCCGCUUUUCCGACCACAACACGCACUGGCCUGUCAUCAUUCGUACCAUCUGCUCGAAUCUCGACCAACUACCCACAGUUCCCAUCUCACUGGGGCGACGGGCGGAGAGCAUUUUCACCCGAGAGAGACCCCGGGACCCCUGACUCCAGUCGCACGGGUUCUUCCUACGCAAAAAAUGGGAGCUUAGCAAAUGCUUUCAACGAGUUUGCAUCUUCUAAAAGGUCACAAAUACCUCGACAAAAUGAAGUGACAAACAACGGCUCCAUCCCUGCUCGAAGUCGUAGCUUCCUACGUAGCACGAGGCCAGAAAAUUUUGGAAACAUGCCUUUCAAGAGAUCGGGAUCAGAGGAACCGACUGUAAUUUCUCCCCUUUCAAACCCCGCUAGAUUCGAUAACUUGCCGUUCCCAAAUCAGUUUACAUUUCCGGCUGAUGCUAAUGAUUCUGCUUGGCCCGGAAGUCCCAGUAAAAUGGGCGGCAAUCUGAACGAACUGUCAAUCAUUACUAGUAAUGACGUCAUGCAUCAUUUUGGGCACCACCCUGACAACCAGAGUUUGGCUUCAAUGGACAGUAGCUUCAGAUUUCGAAGUACAGCUUCGGUGAAAAGUGACGCCGAUUACAUCAACGAUACGCUGCCACACAAAAACUCAUCAAUGCGAACAGUGAACAUCAAUUAUCACAAUGUUGGAGGAAACUCUGGCGAUGCAAAAUCACCUCCGACUCAUUUCAUACCAACUUCACCUGUUCACACGGAAAAUCUUUACUGCGUGCCUUCUUCACCAGAGACUUCGUACAAUCUGGCUGCCACGUGUGAGAAAACUUCGAAGCUAUGGUAUCGACCCAAGAUGUCCCGAGACGACAUCAUGGCCGCACUCUGUCGUCAACCGGUUGGCAGCUUCAUCAUCCGGGACAGCACCUCUUACCCCGGCUACUAUGGACUUGCCAUUAAGACAGACAUGUCUGGGGUCAAUGGGACAGCGAUCUCUAGUUCCAGCGAUUCGAUCCGACAUUUUUUAAUUGAGACCUCGGUCAGAGGAGCCAGGAUCAAAGGGAGCCCUGCUGAACCACAUUACAAAUCGCUGGCCGAUUUAGUGGAACAGCACGCGCGAACAGCAAUAUCACUCCCUUGCAAACUAGUCUUACCCCAUAUACCAUCUCAAAGUCAGUCCCAAAACAAUCACAACACCAACAACAAACAACAACAAUACAACCAAUCACAGCAAUCGAUGGAGUCGCUUAACUUCAACUCAAGCACUAUUGGUCGCAGCGGUAGCAACAAUAAUAAUAACAACAGGCAACAUAUGGGGGGUUUUUCAAUGGGACCAAAAUCACCAAAUCAUGUAGCAGUAACAAUACCCACAGUUCAAUUACCCUUCGAUGACGAUAUGAAAGACGGCAGCAUCAUCAGUUCAGUCAGCCGACGGAUGAAAUCGCCGAACAGAGGAGACUCGAUGGCACUUCAUCAGUUGAGUGCGAACUUCAAACCAGACAGAGCCAACUCGAACACCUCGCUGAACAGUCAGCAUACGACGAGCAGUGUGAACACAAGUUUAACCAAUACGAAUGCAUCGUUCAAUGGGUCUGCACAGAUAUCAGCAGCUUGCAUGGUGCUCUAUCUGGGCUGUUACGAUGUUGAGUCUCUGUCUGGUGCCUCGGCUGUGAACAGAGCCAUGUUCUGUCUAGCAGAAGACGAACGCCAGCUGGAACGAGACAUGAGAGAACAGAGCGAACACCAGCCCCAGCCCAACUCUCCUUACACUCCUACUACUGUGCAGCAACAGCAGCAGCAGCUGAACAGCAGACAGGUGGUGAUGACGUCAGAGCCUUCACCUGUGCACUUCAGAAUGGACCAGAAGUCAGUCACAGUCACCGACAUGUCCAGAAAGGUGUUCUUCCGCAAGUGCAUCUCCCUGCAGGCCCUGCUCUACUGCGGCAUCCCUGCCUCCUCCAACUGGGGAUCGGUCAAGGUCAACAACGAGCAGGGCAAGGGACAGGUCAAAAAGGUUUUUGGACUGGUCACUCGGAAAGAUGGCCAGAUGUCAGCCAAGACGAACCAGUGCUGGCUGUUCGCUGAGUACGAGGAAGACCAGCCAGCCUCCGCUAUCAUCAACUUUGCCCGAAAACUCACAUCAGCCUUAUCCCCCGCCUCUCCUUUUCCUACAAAUCCCCUCAAUCCCAAUGAAUGACAACUGAAGGAGUGUUAAUUAAAUCAGAUCGAACUGGAUGCGCGUUUCUACUAACGGAGAUUUCUAUUCUACUUAGAAGACUAAAUUAUCAAUUCAAUUAAAACAGAUCAAAAUUUCUCAAAUCAACCACUCAGAUUUGUAAAACUGCUUACUUAGAGGAGACAAUCGUUGUUUUCGAAAUAAAUUUUUCCAGAGCCCA